UAGUUGAUCACUACAAUGUUUUAAACCUACCGUCCGACGAAAAAUCAGCGAAUUUAACGGAAGAAGAUAUCUCAAAAGCAUACAAGAAGAUGGCUUUGAAAUUGCAUCCUGACAAGAACCCUAAUGAUCCGAAUGCUCGUGCCAAUUUCCAAAAGCUUCUCUCGUCUUAUGAGAUUCUUAAGGAUCCGAGAACCCGAAAGCAAUUCGAUGAUCUUCUCCGACUCAAGCGUCAGCGGAAGACGGGAUAUGGUUUCGGGCUGAAAAAUUCCAAGCCGCCAGAGAAAGCGUCGCCGCCGGAUUCUGCUCACCAUCCUUCUCAAACUUGCGGAUUAGCAGCAGCUGCAGCAAUGCUGCAGAAAAUAGCAAGGUUCCUUGAAAUUGUUGAAAUUGUUGUUCGGAUAAUAGUAACUGUCCUAGAGGAAUUCAAGAAUUUAGAAGAGCCGGCGAAGAAAAAAUCUGGAUGGCAAUGGGGCGGGGUGGGGGUGGAGAAGCUAUCCCCAUCCCCGUCCCCACUUCUAUGGGGAAUUCUCAUCCCCGUCCCCAUUUAUUUGAUGGGGUUUAAUUCAUCCCCAUCCCCAUACCCGUGA